UCUAGAGGCAGUGUUAUCUUACGUAUUAAUUUGCUUAAUUAUUUAAAAUAUCAUGGAAUAAAAAUGUUUAUUAUAAAUGCAUGACUUUUUUUUAAGAAAUUAAAUGACUUUCAAUCAACAGCUGGUACAGCGGCUAUAUUCAUCCCAAUUAGAUAAACGACUAUCACACUAUGAGUUAAAAAAAAUAUAUAUAAGGAUUUUUUAAUUAACGUUAUCUUAACUUUAUUACAUUUAAUGUGAUGUAUUUUGGUUGCAAUAUAUAUUAUCACAGCAGCUUUAUGGCCUUAGCCAAGUAACUAAUUAUUUUGUUACAAAGUAUAGUAAAACAUCAGCGCGAAGUUAAUUUAAUGAAGCGAUAUAAUUUGACGUGUGAAUGCGAAUGACGUAACCAAUUAAAUGGCAUUUAGAUUUGAAUGAUUCACAAUGCCUCAGACAGUAACGUUGUGAUACUGAUAACGUAAAAGUAACAAAUUCUUUCGCCCAGUAGAAGCUGCUAACAUCGACUCGGAGACGGUGGAAAAUUUAAUUUUGAUCCAAGGAUCAAACGGAUCAUGCGCCCAACGGCUGCUCGAUCAAAUCGAUCGUCCGUACAUCAUCUCAAAUCAACCCCGAGUCCAAGCCCAUCGACAACAUCGUCCGUUUAUCAUCAUCAUCAGCAGCAGCAGCAGCAGCAACAACAAAUUCUAUAUGCUCCCGUCACUAAUCCAAUGGUGACUCUUCAACCGUGUGGAACAGCGCUUCAUCCUUCAUACGUUUACCCGAACGUUCAGUCUCACGUUGUUUCACCGAAUCCCGCUCAUUUUCAAGGUAAAAAUAAUCGAUGGCACGCCAAGAACAAGCCAACUCGCGGUCAGCAAUACUAUCAACAGCAACAACAACAACUUUCGUACAAUCCAAAACCCAUGGUGCUCUUCGAUCAACCGUCCACCAGCAUUGCUUCGAUCCCUCCGUCGGCCACAUCAUUCUUAGUAGCUUCAUCCACGUUCACUCACGCUGGACCAUUGCACAACGAGCAUUACAGUAAUAAUUCCGGAGUGACGCAUCUGUUACCACAGCCCUUCAACUUCAAGCCACCGGACGUACAGACCUUUUGCCUCAUCCAAGACCGACAAAACGCUCAACAACAGCAGCAGCAGCAACAGCAUCCGAUGCAGAAUUCCUACUACAAUAUCUCUGCCACCAAUACCUGCAGUCUGCAAACCGUCAACUCCAACUCAUCUUUCCCGCUUACCAAUCUCAAUCCCUACAACAGCCUAGUCAGCUUCAACAACAACCAGUUUCCAGUAACAGUGCAGUCCUCUCCGCUCUUCUCGAAUCCGCCAGUUGGUCUAGUCCUCGCAUCACCGCGAGGAGAGAAGCUUUCGUCCACGUUAGAUUUCACGCCAUACAAGCAUAACGUGGACAAGAUAUCUAGUCCUUGCGAGUCUCAAAUCGUUCCAAUGAGUCACAACGAGAAUGGCUGGCCUUCACAGAUUGAGACAUUUUCCAAAAGUGACGUGCAAACUGUUGCAAAAAAUAAUAGGAGCGUUGAGUCUGUCGAAUGUGCUUUGCAGAAACCUCUCUUUGUCGUCGCGAAGACGGACGAGGAACAUUACUCCGACGAGUCCUCGGCCAGCUUUGACUUUACCAUUGAGGCCGAGAAGAUGGUUUCCGCCCUGUGCAACACCACGUCUUCGAACGAUUUGGGCAAGGAGGAAUCGAAACCCAGCAAUAAAACUGAGUCUACGACAUUAUUCAAUGGCGCAGGAGACAACAAGUCAAAUUGGUUUUCUGAUUUUUGCUCCGAGUACGAGAGCGGAACGUCGAUAGGCGUCCAAACGGACGGUCCCUGCGUCGAUAGAUCACAGUAUCCAGAGUUGAUCCGAAAGACAGCUUAUUGGGGAUGCACGCAGGCUGAGAUUGUUCUCGAUUCUGACGAUUCGCAAACGGAUUACAAACGAAGCUGGUUAACGUGUAUGUCGUCUGCUACUAGAACGGCGAUUACGAAAUCUUCAACUUGCAUUCCAGUCUUUGCUGGAGACCGAAUCUUCGCCGACGAUCUCAUAAACGCUCUCUUGCGCAUCAGCAACGGUUGGCUGAGUCUCGAUAAUUAUCUGAACAAACAACAUUUUCCUAAUCUACUAGACAGAUUAGAUCCCGAGUUAAUCGCACACUUUCAGACGUGGGAAGAAAGCACGUGCGAAUUACUGAAACAAAUAGUGCGAACCUUCCAAAAGUUCGGAGAAAAUAAAGAGGUGACGGAUCAGAAACGCAACGCAACAUCGUCGUUCCCAGGCGACGUUUCGCUUUAUACGACUUAUGAUCUUUUUGUCCCGUCCGAAACUUCGAAUUCUUUUUCUCAACAAAAUGCAAUUGGCAAAUCCUUUUCACUGGAGAAACCACACAGCACGAUGUCGAUAUCAUUGCCAACAAACAGUCUGCGUAAUUUUCAGUACAGCUCCAACAGUCAGCGGGAGCAGCAAUCGAUGAAUCCAAAAGAAAGCAAAUUGCGGAGCAAAUGGACAAUUACCGAGAAUUUAUCGUCUUUGAUUAACACCUCAAAAUCCGUACCGAACGUCUCCACGUGUCACAGCGAUGUCAGUGGUCUGGCAAGUCACAAACUUCGCACGAAAGACACAUUGUCGUCCAAGAAAUUAGAUUUCACUCAAAAAUCACUGAAUGCUGAAUUUUGCCAACUGAGAAACAAAGUAAUGGAAAACAGCGCAGAAGCAACAAAGGAUAGAAGACACAAUUACACGCAGGAAGAUAAACUUGCAACAUCCGAUAACCCCGAAUCAAUCCGACUGCAGCAUCCAAUAAGAAACUCCCCUAUAAGCUACAGCGGAUUGUACACGCGAAACUGUUUAUCCUUUACGUUUCCUUUAUCCAGUCACUCAGAUUCUGCGAAUACUACGUCCAAUCCGGGAAUUCCAACGUACAAUGUCAGUUAUUCCUCUUCAGGGCUUUUUCCUAGCAUCGAUAUCAAUUCAAGAAGCAGCAGGAAUACCGAACAAAUUUACGGAGUUAAAAGCACAAGCGUUAAUCCGUUUUACGUUGGCAAAUCGCAAAUUGAUCAACUAGAACUUCCGGCUGUACCUAGAAAUAAAGUGACUCUGCUCAGUCAAAUUGAGCCGCGGACAUUUGACAAGGAAUCCGAAGAAAUGGCGGCGAACUUGUCAGCCUGGUUUGCCAGCAUGCGAAACGCGCAACCAGUAGUUACGUCGACCUUUGAGGAACCGAAAACAAACGAGAAUUCGACAUCGCGACUAUUCGUUCAGGAGAUGCCCAAAUACUCGAUGAUCGUAGCCAAGCAGCCGCAGAUCGACACGAAUCGGCAGUUCCAGGCGUUGCAGAAUCUGCCUAAUAUGCAGAGCACACCUUGGGCCGUCGGCAAUUUUAUCGGCAAUCGUUUUCACGUGCAACACGCUCCCGAAGAGUACGACAGCUCGGAAGACGUGCGGGUGUACAUGAAACCGGGUAGCUAUAAUGUGCCAAAAAAGAGACAUCAGCGAAGAUCCAAUCGUCGCUCGAACAACAAUACAACGUCGCGCAACAGUCAUCAUGCGAACGGUCAUCAUAACGCGGGCGGUAAUAAUGGAAAAAGUGUAUCGAUACCAGCAUCAUCGACGCCUUUACCUCACACGAACGCGCCAGUCUUGUCCACCAACAUCUGUAAUGCCACACUGGUAAAGACCUCGUUCCCGCCAGCUUCGCAGUUGCCUGUGCCUCUAUUCAACUUCGAGAGCUCACCUAGGAUUUUGAAACGCAUAGAAUCUCUGUCGCAGGACACUCGUCAGGACGUCACCUGGAAAGCAGCUUGCGCCUCGGCCGAGAUACUUCUCGAGGCCCUUAAUAUAAAGGAUUGUGGCGACACGUCCGAAAACGUCGAGUGCAAUGACAGUAAUAGCGAGAAGGAUAAGAACGAAGAAAAUGCCGAAGCAAUUACAUUACGGCAGAGCGAUUCGAAAUUAAUAAAAUAUGGUAAUGUCGAUUGCGUGUCUUCCUACGAAGCUUCGGAGGAUGACUCAGAGUCCACGUGCAGAUUGUCACCUAGUACGAGUGUGGUAUCGGUGUCUCAAUCGCGCGAGGAUGAGAAUGCUCUUGGUAUCAAGACCAACGUGAAAACGGAUUCCUGGCUGAUCAGGACUCUCAAUAACGCGAGUAUCGUCGGCAAGCAGAAGCGACAUAAAGACGACGUAGAUCGACGAAGUUUGGGAUCUUCGAAUAGCUCGGAAAUCGUCGACGUAAAACCGGAUCAGCUUGCAUCGUCGCCAAUCGCGGACGCAGAUAUAAAGACUCGUGCGACGAUCGUCGAUAGCGAAUACCCAGCGAUUUUCUCUCGUGAGCACGUUUCUAGUUCUUUCGCGAAGAACGGCGAGACGUCGACAAAAGAAUUGGAAAGUCAUGUCGGAAGAGCCACGUACUCUGAAACAGUACGAAGAUCUAUGAAAACGAACAGCCUACAUCUGGAAAAGAAAGAACCGCCCAAGUCGUGCGCGACCAAUUCAUCGGUGAUCACCGUAAUACCAAUUCCCGGCCGCAAGUGCCAGAAGAAAGACCCCGAGCAAUCCUAUCAACUUCUACACAAAUCACGAAGAUCGGCUGACAAGAAAACAGUGAAAAAUGUGGACGAUCUCCAAUUAGAGGAGGGAUCAUGCGCGAAAGUCAGCGCUGUCAAGUCAAACAAUAUAACGUUGAAAUCGUCAGCUAUCACGAAAACGAAUCACGGCAAGAAGAAAGACAUGGAACACUUGGAAGGCAAGUCGGCCAGUAAAUCGGGCGAUCGUGGCUGGUCGGUGUGGUGCAGUUCCAGGAGGAAGCAGUGCCUCAGCCCUCUGGCGUUCAACAAACUGGAGAUAAUUCAUCGGACUAUCUGGCAGAUGGACGAGGCGAAGAUCCUCAAGUAUCCGCUCUCGUGCGACACUAAGGAUGCCCAGUCUUCAUCUGCAUUAAUAAUGGAAGAUUACUGCAAGGUUGUUAAGAGCCCAAUGUUUCUCGAGAUCGUCGAGUACAAGCUGAAGAACCGGAUUUAUCAUAAAGUCGAACAUGCCAUAAAAGAUUUCCGGCGCAUUAUUAACAAUGCAAAAUUGUAUCACCAGCACGACAAUGAACGAACGAGAAAAAUUGAAUUGCUGUCAAAGAAAUUGGAAGAUUUAUUCGUGGAACAUUUCGGCAAUUUGGACUUUGAUAAUGUUACCGGCAGUCUAAGAGAAGAUUUAUUGAUGCAGCUGCGAAUUAAGACAUCUGGACAGAAAUCAAUCUCGGGACGCUGCGACAUGAAGAAGAAUGUUUCCUCAUCAUCGAUCAUCGCUGAGGAUUCUUCACUCCACUGACUGUUGCUUCUCGUCGAAAAAAAUCUCUAAAUCAAACUAUUGCAAAACUACUAGCAAAAAUGUUUUUUUAUAGGGCAUUAUGUGUAAUAAUUUCUUCUAGUCACGAAUCAUUUUGUAUUAAUGAUGUCGUAGGUGUGUUUUUUUUUUACUCUCGAAGAUCGGUUCGCUGUCCGAUGGCUGUGAAUCAUUCAUUGAAUUUUUCUGUCUGCGAAUUCCAAACGAAUUUAUUAAUUAUGAAAAGUACGCGUGUGCCAAUAAUAAUGUCAAUUUCAUAGCGAUAACUUUAACGAAGGAAGAAAAACUGUAUUAAACGCAAACGAUCACCGGACAACAUAUUGAAUUAAUUUUUGUAUGAAAAGGAAAAUAGCACGCGACAGCGAAGUAUCGACGAUAUAAUGUAAUUUCCACGUUCAUCGUUAUCGUUAGAUCAGAGUGAUAUGAAUCAUGGAAUAUAUUACGCUGACCAGUCUAGAUAAUUGCUGUUUCGUUUUAAUUAAGUUUUCUGUUUGCAGUUUAGAGUGUAAGAAAAAGAAAUGCAAAAAAUAUUGAAGGUAUUAUACAAAGUUCAUUUUGCGAAGCUCGGCACGCUUCGAAACUUCAGACUAACAUAAUGAAUCUGAAGACGCAGAUAUAGAGCUGAAGCUUACAGACACCCAGGGUGAAUAAAAUCAAUUUAAUUUAAAGUUUUAAAUUACAUUUUAAUUAAGAGUGGGCUUUAUUUAGCUCAGUUACUUUAUGUUAUAAAUACUGAUUCUAGGCGAGUUCUUUAAUUUAGCGAUUGAUUAAUCGCAUUAUGCACAAAUCUAACUUUG